GCCGGGAAAUGGACUCAGUGGCCUUUGAGGAAGUGGCCGUGAGCUUCACGCAGGAGGAGUGGGCUUUGCUGGAGCCUUCCCAGAAGAAUCUCUACAGAGAUGUGAUGCGGGAAACCAUCAGGAACCUGUCCUCCAUAGGAAAAAAAUGGAAAGACCAGAAAAUUGAAGAUCACUACAAACACCAAGGGAGAAAUCUAAGAAGUCAUACGGUGGAGAGACUGUGUCAAAGUAAAGAAGGUAGUCAGUGUGGAGAAAUUUUUAGCCAGAGUCCAAAUCAUAAUCUGAGCAAGAAAACUCCUAGAGUAAAACCAUGUGAAAGCAGUGUGCGUGGAGAAGUCAGCAUGGGUCAGUCAUCCCUUAAAAGGCACAUCAGAGAUCACCCUGAACGUGAACCAAAUGAAUAUCAGGAAUAUGGAGAGAAGCCACAUACACGUGACCAGUGUUGGAAAGCCUUCAGCCCCCACCACUCCUUUCGAACACCUGAAAUUAUUCACACUGGAGAGAAACUCUAUGAUUGCAAGGAAUGUGGGAAAACUUUCUUUUCUCUCAAAAGAAUUAGAAGACACAUGAUAACGCACAGUGGAUAUAUACCGUAUAAAUGUAAAGUGUGUGGGAAAGCCUUUGAUUAUCCCAGUAGAUUUCGAACACAUGAACGAAGUCACACUGGAGAGAAACCCUAUGAAUGUAAGGAAUGUGGGAAAGCCUUCACUUGUAUCACAAGUGUUCGAAGACACAUGGUAAAGCAUACUGGAGAUGGACCUUAUAAAUGUAAGGUGUGUGGAAAACCCUUUCAUUCUCUGAGUUCAUUUCAAGUACAUGAAAGAACCCACACUGGAGAGAAACCCUAUAAAUGUAAGCAAUGUAAUAAAGCUUUUGUUUCUUCCCCAUCUUUACGAAUACAUGAAAGAACUCAUACUGGAGAGAAACCUUAUGCAUGUAAGCAGUGUGGGAAAGCCUUCAGUUAUCUCCCCUCCCUUCGAUUACAUGAAAGGAUUCACACUGGAGAGAAACCCUUUGAAUGCAAACAGUGUGGUAAAUCCUUUAGAUCUAUCAGUACCUUUCGAAUACAUGAAAGGACUCACACUGGAGAAAAACCCUAUGAAUGUAAGGAAUGUGGGGAAGCCUUCAGUUGUAUCCCAAGUUUUCGAAGACACAUGAUAAAGCACACUGGAGAGGGACCUUAUAAAUGUAAGGUAUGUGGGAAACCAUUUCAUUCUGUGAGUCCAUUUCGAAUACACGAAAGAAGUCACACUGGAGAGAAACCCUACGAAUGUAAACAUUGUGGUAAAGCUUUUGUUUCAUCCACAUCUAUUCGAAUACAUGAAAGAAUUCAUACUGGAGAGAAACCCUAUCAAUGUCAGCAGUGUGGGAAAGCCUUCAGUUAUCUCAACUCUUUUCGAACACAUGAGAUGAUUCACACUGGUGAGAAGCCCUUUGAAUGUAAACAGUGUGGUAAAGCCUUUAGAUCUUCCAGUUCCUUUCGAAUGCAUGAAAGGACUCAUACUAGACAGAAACCCUAUGAAUGUAAGGAAUGUGGAAAAGGCUACUUUUGCCAUGCAAGCUUUCAAAAACACAUGAUGACACACUGGAGGUGGACCUUAUAAAUGUAUGUGGGAAGUUCGAUGUUCCAAAUUCAUUGCAAAUACAUGAAAGUACUCACACUAAAGAGAAAAUGGCCUUUUGAAUGUAAGCAGUGUGGGAAAGCAUUAAAUUGUGUCAGUGCCUUUUUAAUACAUGGAAAAAAAUCAUACUGGAAAGAAGCCAUUUAAAUGUAAUCAGUGUGGGAAAGCCUUCAGUUAGCACCACUGCUUUUGAAUACAUGAGAGCACUUACUGGAGAGAAACCAUAUAAAUG